AUGAAACCAUAUCGUUAGUAUAUUAGUGGUAUAAGAGAUAAUGUUAGUAGAUCUCUUGAUGUCCAUAAUGAUUAAAAUUAGUAAAAUCAUAACUUUGUAAAUUAAAAUAAUAGCUUUAACCAACAAUCAUUCGCCAACAAUUACUUUGGUAUAAAUCUUAAUAAUAGCUAUAGUCAUUAAAAUAAUCAAUAGAGUAAUGCUUAAUCAAGCAACAGAUACAAAUAGAGCGCUAACUAUGGAAUUAAUUCUUAAGAGAGAAGAGUAAACUAAAAAAGACAAGUUACAAAUAAUGUAAAUAAAAGUUAUAAUGGCUUAGUAAAUAGAGGGGGAAACUCUCAAAAUGGUUCUUUAAAUUAAUCUCCUUAGUAUUAAAUACCAAAUUAAAACAAUACUAUUAGCUAUGAGUAAGAUGGAAAUAGUGGAACGAAUGUUAUUUUUAAUAAUUAUUUAAAUAAUACUAUAAAUGUUGAUAGAGAUGUUAGAAAGUAAGCAGGACACAUUAGGAGCUAUAGCAGUACAAACAAUUAUAAUGAAAAGCAAGAAAGAUUAAAAAGUGUGUAUGGAUAGAGGUAAUCUUAAAGUUCAAUGGAUAAUAGUCAUCCUGCACCUUUAGGAAAUAAUUAGAAUCAUAGUUUAUUUGUUAACGGUAUUAUUUAGUCAAAUACUCAAAAUACCAAAUCUCACUCACUGAAUCCGAGUAGAAAUGGUACUAGAGGAAUAGAAGAGUAGUAGUAAGCCAUUCCUAAUAAUGUUACCAACAGUGUUACCCCUAACAAAAUGAGCUCCUUAACUCCUAGAGAAAACAAUGUAUUAAGGAAACUAAAUGUAAAUGGAAUGAAUAACAACAGUUAAAAUAGAUAAAAGAGAACUAAUUCACCAAAAAGCAACGGAAUAUAAAUAAAUAACCUCAAUAAUAUAUAAAUAUAAAUUCCUCAUGGAUAAAGUGGAUUAAACUCGAGAAAUGGCUAGCGUGCUGGCCUAAAUAUGAAUUAAAAGUAGAUACUCAUGAAGAAUAGAUAAAAUUCAAAGCACAAUUACACUUUUACUAACUAUCUUAAUAUGGGAAACUCCAAAAAUACAACAGAAAAUGGAAAUAAUAUAUUAAACACAAGGAUAUAAAUAGCUACUCCUAGCACGAACACAAAUAGUCUUAGCAGUUAAGCGAAAAAUAAUUCUACUUCAAAGAAUGCAUCAAGCAAAGCUUUCAUUCAGCAGCUAAUAAAAAAUUAACAGCAAUAAAUGGAGCAAGGAUAAAAAAAAUAAUUAAAUAAAGUCGAAAAUCAAGAAUAUCAGAAUUAACAAAAGUUAGCUAAACAAUAACCGCAACUUAACGGUAUUGGAUACAAUAUUUAAAAAAUGUAAGCUUAGUAAUAACAAAUGCAAUAAUUAAAUUAAGCUCCUAGAAAUAUGCAAGAAUAUUUAUAAGAAAACUCCAUUGAACAUGUAAAUAAAGAUGGAUCUCUUUCUGCUAAUACUAACUCUAAAGAGAACUCGCGUCCUAAUUAAAAUAUAUAAAAUACAUAAUUAAAUAUAUUAAAUUAAAAGAGAAAUUCUUUUGAAAAUUAAAAUAAAAAUAGCAACGUUUCAUACUAAAGGAGAUUAAAAUCUUCUUAAGGAAAAUACGGAAGAGGGGCUUCUAAUGAAAAUUCGCAUGUUAAAAGUCAUAGUGGAGCUCAUUCAAGCUUAGAUAAUUAUAAAUAAAUUUUAGAAGCGAAAGAAAGAAAUGAAAACACCAUGCGUCGCUCUCUCAAUAUAUCAACAAUUGAUAAUUCUAUGUUGGAAUAUGUUAAACCAACAUUUAAGCUUAACAUAUCUUAUCGCACAAAACAAGGAGUGCUUGCUUCAAACCCAAAUAAAACUAAUUAGGAUUCAUACAUAAUUUAAUAGAACUUAAUGAAUAAAAAUAACCAACAUUUCUAUGCUGUUUGUGAUGGUCAUGGAACUUAUGGACAUCAUGUUUCUUAAUUUAUUAAAUAACAACUUCCAGUACUACUCUAAAAUGAUUGGUAAUUACUUUCAAAUAAUCCUAAGGCUGCUCUUUAUAAUGCUAUUGGUUUUGCUAAUCAUAAACUUUCUUUAACUGAUAUUGAUUGUAUGUUUUCAGGUACUACAUUGGUAUCAGUUUUACUCUAAGGGACAAAAUUAUAUAGUGCUAAUGUGGGAGAUUCUAGAGCAACAAUAGGUCGUCUAGAUUAACGUGGACCAGUGGCUAAAUAUGUUCCUCGUGCGCUAACACGUGAUCAUAAACCAAAUAUUUAAACCGAAGCAGAGAGAAUUAUAUAAUGUGGAGGACGCAUUGAUACUUUUAGAGAUUAAGAAGGUAAUCAUUUAGGUCCUUUGAGAGUGUGGCUAAAAACAGAAAAUAUUCCUGGGCUUGCUAUGUCUAGAAGUAUAGGUGAUAAUUUAGCAACAUCUGUUGGUGUGACUUGGGAACCAGAAAUUUUUGAAUUUGAUAUAGAUAAAGAUGAUAAGUUUAUGAUAGUAGCUAGUGAUGGAGUUUGGGAAUUUAUUGAAAAUGAAGAAAUAAUUAGCAUGAUUUCACCAUAUUAUGAUAAUAAUGAUUUAGAAGGAGCAUGUGAUCAUUUAUUGAAAGAAAGUCAUGCAAGAUGGACAGUUGAUGACGACAGUGUUGUCGAUGAUAUUACAUUUAUCCUCAUAUUUUUUGAGCAUGACAAUCUUUAAAGCAACUCUAGACCAAACUCACGUUCUUCAUCAUCAUAAAAUAGAAACCCUAACUAUCUUUUCCAUUCAAUAGAUAAUUCUUAUCUUUCAUAUAAUAAUCAAUAAAGUAAUUGA